AUGACCGUGGCAAAGAGAUCAGCAAGAAUUCAUGAGGAGAGGGAGAAGAAGAGUGAGUUGAACUGUAAGUGUAGAUUAUUCAGUAUCUUUGAGUCCCACCAUGGCUGUUCCAGUCGAAAACUGCUUUUGAAUGGGAGGCCAGUGAACAAACAUAUUAUGAAUGAGUAUCCAAGAAAGCCUGAUAUACUUGCCGGCUUUGAUGAAGAAGUUGGGAAAAUUAAAGAUAGAGCAAACUUGGCAAGUCUUACAGUUGAUGCAAGUGUGGAAAGUUCAAGAAAUUCCAUUCGAGGAGAUACGUCGGCCAAGAAGCACAAAAAGAAGCAAAUCAUAGAUGAGAAACAGCAACUUGGAGGAACUGAUUCUGAUGUUUUCGAUCAUUCAGCUAAAAAUCAAAAGAUAUCCAGCAAGAUAUCCAAAAGUGCUUGUAAGUCGACGGUGCAUCACCCCAAAAAUGCAGUAAAGCAGACGUAUCAGCACAUUUUGGGUUCUGCAGAAACAUUUCCAAAUAAGCUCAACGUUGCAGCAAUUUUGGAAGCAACCUACAAUCAGAUUCACCAUGAAGACAAUAUCUAUUGUGGAGGUGCAGUCGAUGAGAUGAAUGUGCAGUUAGUGCAGAUGAGCGCCAAAGCUUUUGUCGAUCAGAUGUUUCUUGAGAAAAAAUUCAUCAGUACAGAAGGGCCAAGCUCAGAGUCAAAACCAUUCUCUGAUGCAUUGGAAAUUCUGAAUUCUAACAAGGAUUUAUUUGUGAAACGCCUGAAAGAUCCGAAUUCUGUACUAGCAAAAUACAUUAAGAACCUACAGAAAUUUCAGAUGGAGAAAGAAACAACCAGUUCAAUCUUAGAUGGCAAUGUCUCAAAACUUGGCAGUAAAGAUGAGGGGAGUUUCAAAAAGUUUGAAUGUGCAGCAGAGAUUAAAAAGAAAAAUGUGAACACUCUUUCGUGGGAAAAGAUCAAGUACCAAUGUGAAUAUCCAUCAAAAGGAAGUUUCACUCAUCGGCCUUCGGAUAAGAUAGUAGUAUUGAAGCCAACACCGAAGAACAUAAAAUAUCCUGAAAAUGUUGCCUGUCAUCGCUCGUCAUUGCAGUCUCGUCAUACUUCAAGUAGGAAAGGACCGGAUGAGAAACCCAAGUACUUGUUUUUCAGAGAGAUGACGCGAAAGUUAAAAUAUUCGUUUGGAGGAAGUGGAAAUACUGCAUAUUCUUCCACCAAUGCCAAGACAAAAGACGAGCUGUGCAAGAUGCAGAAUCUCAAUUCAAGCUACGAUACUGAUACUUCUUGUACAAAUAAAAUGGUACUCAAAAAAAUAGACCUGUCAAGAGUCCAUUUCACGGAGAAACAGGAGUCUGACAUUAUUAUGGAGGCAAAAAGGCAUCUUUCUGAGAGAUUAAAGAAUGUAACAACGACUGCACGCCUAAAACGCGAAAAUUUCCCAAAAACCUUGGGGCGAAUUCUCUCCUCACCUGAACGCGAUUCCUGGCCUCCAAGCCCAAGGGAUGGGGAAUGUGAUUCUGCUUCUGCACAAAUGAGAUUUGGUCCAUACAGCGACUUGCAAAUGACCACGGAAAGCAGUUGGAAAAUAGAGAGAGUAAGACAAAGAACUCGUGUAAGUGCAUGGCUACAGAGUGCAGAAGUUCCAUCAGGUGUUAACUUUAGGAGGGCUGGUGACUCGAGGAUCCAGAACAAUGAACAUGAAGUAAAUACUGAUACAGAUGGUCCAAAGUAUAAUGUAGAAGUGAAUGGCAUUCCGCAACCAGGAAAUAUAUAUACUCUGGAAGUGCCAAACGAAUUAAACAGAACUGAUGUUAGUAGUACUACAAAAAGAAGUAACACAACUGAAUUACAGAAGGAAGAUUGCAGUGCAACACACUUGAGACUGGAUUCACCGUCAGAUAAUCAAAUCUUUACUUCUGCAUUGGAUGAUUCUCCAUCGAGUCCAAGCGUAUACCAAUUACACGUAGUGAAUGGCAGUAAAGAUCAAGAAAUGCAUCCAAGUCCAGUUUCUGUUCUUGAUCCAUUUUUUACAGACGACACGCCCAGUCCCGCCAGCAUUGUAGUACAAUCAGCUCGAAAGCCAUUGCAACCACUUUGUAUUGAUUUUGAACAAUACUCACAUGAGGAAUCCCCCAUAGAUCCCCCCGUGAAUCCAACUGCCAGCAUAGAUAAACAGGAUACCAUUUCCAACUAUGUGCGUUCAGUGUUGGAAGCUUCUCGUUUGUGUUGCAACGACCUAUCAAUGAUUAGGGCAAUACCCGAACAGUUGCUUAAUGCAUCAGUGUUUGAUGAAGUGGAAUUUUUACCUACUGAAUCUCGCUGUGACCCAAAACUUAUAUUUGAUCAUAUGAAUGAAGUUUUACUAGAGAUAUAUCAACGCCAAAUCAGUUCUUAUCCUUGGCUAUCGUUCAUCAAACCGGAAAUCAGGUCUGUGCUAUCAGAAGAGCAGGUUUUUGAUGAGGUAACCAAGGAGGUCAAAUUUCACCUUCUUCCGCAGUUAGGGGCGAAAACAUUGGACCUGCUUACUGGAAGCGAUAUGGCAAAAUCCAGAUCAUGGCUUGACCUCCGACUAGGUACUGAAGAUAUUGCUAUUCACAUUUCGGAAGACAUUAUGGAGGGAUCAAUAGUUGAUAUAAUACUUGAAUCCAAUACAUGA